GGGACCCAUGGGUGAGCCGUACCCCCAAGCACUCCAGCAUUCAGGGAAAGAUGUGAGAGUCAGUACCAUUGACCUAGCUGGUUCCUGAUGGUUGCACUCUGCUUCCUUGCUGAUUAACUUAGGUGAGGGGAGAAGUCUCUUGGCCAUUGCCUCAUAAUUUUGAUGGAUUAGCAGAGGAGUUGCCCUCUCAAAAGCCAAGAAACAGUGAUGAGUGCUUGUACAGCGAGCUCCUGUGGCUGGUGGAUUGUAAUUGGAGGAAGAAGAGUCAGGAAAGGGACUGAGCCUGGAAAAUGAAGCUAAAGGAAAUUGAGCGAACAGCUGUUCAGGCAUGGAGUCCAGCAAACAACCACCCUGUUUAUCUAGCAACAGGAACAUCUGCACAGCAACUGGAUGCAUCCUUCAGUACAAAUGCCACCUUGGAAAUAUUUGAGAUUGACUUCAGGGAUCCUUCCCUGGACAUGAAGCAAAAAGGAACCCUUCCUGCCUCAAACAGGUUUCAUAAGCUGAUCUGGGGUAACUUUGGAAAUGAGUCCCCUGAGUCCUCUGGAGUUAUCAUUGGUGGAGGGGAUAACGGAGUACUGACAAUGUAUAGUGCACACCGGAUCUUGGCUUCAAAGAGUGAUCCUAUAAUUGGGCAAUCAGAGAAGCAUUCAGGCCCUGUUCGAGCUCUUGAUUUCAACCCUUUCCAGAGUAAUCUUUUGGCCUCUGGAGCCAAUGACGCUGAAAUUUUCAUCUGGGACUUAAAUAACUUCAGUGUGCCUAUGACACCAGGAGCUAAAUCACAGCCUCACGAAGACGUCAGUGUGGUGUCCUGGAAUAGGCAGGUGCAGCAUAUCCUGUCCUCCGCUCACCCCAGUGGCAAGGCCGUGGUUUGGGACCUCAGGAAGAAUGAGCCUAUCAUCAAAGUCAGUGAUCACAGCAACAGAAUGCAUUGCUCAGGAAUGGCCUGGCACCCAGAAGUUGCAACUCAGCUAGUCCUUUCCUCUGAGGAUGACCGCUUGCCAGUGAUCCAAAUAUGGGACUUGCGUUUUGCUACCUCUCCUUUGAGCCAGCUGGAAGGGCACACGAGGGGAGUUCUGUCUGUCUCUUGGUGCCAGGCUGACCCUGAACUGCUGUUGAGUAGUGCCAAAGACAACCGGAUUUUGUGCUGGAACCCAAGUAUGGGGGAGGUGGUUUAUGAGUUGCCCAUUCGGAGUCAGUGGUGCUUUGAUGUCCAGUGGUGCCCUAGGAACCCCACAGUCUUCUCUGCAGCCACAUUUGAUGGGUGGAUCAACAUUUAUUCUGUUAUGGGCGGGAGUUUAGAAGCUCAACAGAAGACUCAGGCUGACAAGAUCUCCUCCUCCUUCAACAGCCUUGAUCCCUUUGGCACAGGACAGACCCUUCCUCCUCUGCAGGUGCCAGAGCAAGUAGCUCAGACAACCUUGAUUCCACCAUUAAAAAAGCCACCCAGGUGGAUUUGCAGGCCUGUGGGGGUUUCAUUUGCAUUUGGGGGAAAAUUGAUUACCUUUGGUCUUACCAAAGUUCCUGGACAGCAAGUGCAGCAGACUUGCCAACGCCAGGUGUUCAUCAGUCAAGUUACUACUGAAACAGAGUUCCUAGUCCGAUCCAGGGAACUGCAGAUGGCUCUACAGUCAGGGAACCUCCUUGAGUACUGCAAGGCUAAGAUCCAGACAGCCAAGCUGCAGUUUGAUGAGAACCUCUGGAACUUCCUGAAGGUGAAUCUGGAACAGGAGUCCAGGACUAAACUCCUCAAGUUGCUGGGCUACAGUAAAGAUGAUCUGCAAAAAAAGAUCUCCUCAUGUUUGAGUAAUGGGAUACCAGAUAACCAGCCCCUUCCUGAGGCAGGUGAGAGGAACGUUGUGCAGCCAGGCCAGGUGCCUUCCAGGGCCUGGUUCAGCGUCCUCUGUAAAUUUUGCUCCUCUAAGCUCUUGAUAAAUUCCGGUGAUGAUGUAGCUGCUGUUUCCUCCUCUUCAGCCUUUUUUGACAACCUCAUUCCACAGGAUAUGAGCACUUUGGAGAUUCCUGUCACAGCAGAUACUGAUGGACUCAUCAGUCAGGCUCUUUUGCUAGGGAAUUUUGAGGGUGCAGUGGAGCUGUGUAUGCGGGCAGAACGCUUUGCUGAUGCCAUCAUCUUAGCUAUUGCUGGUGGGGAGAACCUCCUCAGGGAGACUCAAAAGCGCUACUUUGCCAAGCGGAAAACAAAAAUUGCCCUGCUUCUUUCCUCCGUUGUGCAACAGAACUGGAAAGAUAUUGUUCGCACAUGUGAUCUACAGAGCUGGAAGGAGGCAUUGGCCAUCUUGUUAACGUACUCAAAGCAUGAGGAAUAUACCCAACUUUGUGACAUGCUGGGUGCCCGCUUAGAGUCGGAGGGAGAUGCAGCCCUGUCCAAUGAUGCCUGCCUCUGCUAUAUCUCAUCAGGCAAUGUGGAGAGGUUGGUGGAAUGCUGGGUAAAAAACCAUGAGACUUCGUCACCCCUUGCCCUGCAGGAUCUGAUAGAGAAGGUGAUGGUGCUGAGCAGGUCCAUUGAGAUGCUCCGAGGCACAGCAGGGCCAGCACCAGGCCCUGUCUUAGCAGAACGAAUCACCCAGUAUGCCAGCCUCCUGGCAUCACAAGGAUGCUUGGCAGCUGCAAUGAAUUAUCUACCCAGCAGCUCUAAAGAGCUCCUGAUCCAACAGCUCUACGACCGGCUCUUCCAUGCUCAGGGAGAGAGUGUGGCUGAUCAGCAGCCACCACCUUUCCCCUACACUCGUGUCCAUGUAGGUGUUGUUAAACAUGCAUCUUCAGCAGCCAAAAGCAGCUUCACCCCAGAAAGAGCAUCUCACAAACCAAGCCCUAGACAUCCAGAGAAGCCCACCUACCAGUCAUUUACUCCUUCAGCACCUGCUCAGCCUUCAGUGCCUUCCCUCUUCCCGCCUCAGCCAGUACCAGCAAUGUCUGCAACUCCUCAUCACACUGCAUCUCCUCAGACCAGUGCUGGUCCACAAACAAGCAUCUAUUCCAGAGGGCCCCCGUACCCACAGUACAACCUGGGCUUGGUUCCGGUGACAGUUUCAGGGCCAGCACUGUCGCAGUCUCAGCCAUUCAGCGCAGCAGGAGCUAGACCUGCUGGUCCAACUCCCUUCCCCAACCAGCCUCCUCUGUCAGGACAGUCUGUGGCCAUGGCAUCUCCUGGUGUGCCACCACCUGGACCCACUCUCUUCACUCCAGCAUCAGUCCCAUCAUCUAAUCUCCCUGCAGCUUGUCCUCUUCCUGUGGCAAGCCAGUCUCCUCUCGGUUUCUCUUCAGCACCAUUCAAUGGCCUCAUGAACAUGGGUUACCCUCAGGGAGGUCCUGGAGCUCCAUCUGCUAUGCCUCUGGCAGCAGCCAGCAUUCCUCCACCUCCCACAGCUCAGGAAUCUUGGACUGAUCCUUCUGCUGCAAGAGGAGGCCUUCAGAAGAAAAAGUUGCCAGAGAAAUUUACACCUCCAGCUCCUAUCACAGCUCCAGUAAUGAGCCUUCCCACAGAGCUCCAAGGGAUCAAUCCUCAGCUCUCCAGGUUUCAAGAAUCUGGCCAGUCACCCCCAGGAGCACCCAAGGAAGGCAGCCUGCAGUAUCACCAGCUGCCCACAGAGAGGGUUGAGAGGAAGGAAGUGCCCCCUGAGCACCAGGGUCUGAAGACCACAUUUGAUGAUUUGGUGCAGCGCUGCUCUGCUGUUGCCACUGAUCCGAAAACUCGAAGGAAGCUGGAGGAUGCAUUGCAACGACUGGAGUGCUUGUAUGAGAAGCUCCGUGAGCAAGUGCUCUCUCCAACCAUCCUGAUGGGUCUCCACGAGAUUGCCCGCUGCAUUGAGGCUAGGAACUACCAGCAAGGUCUCCUGGUUCACACCCAAGUGGUGAGCAGCAGUAGUUUCAGUGAGGUGUCUGGCUUCAUGCCCAUCCUGAAGGUCCUCAUGACCAUUGCUGGCAAGCUGAAUGUCUAAAAUCUGGAGCAACUGGUGCAGUGAUGCACUGAGCUAGUGGACUCCUUUACGCAUUGAUGUGCUGCAGGUUGUGGACUCUCCCUCUGGCUCUGGAGAAAUAAGUCUGUGCCAGUGCCUGGAACCAUUCUGGGCCAGCGCACCUGGUUCCAUCUACUCUCCAGACAGACCACUGGGGCAUGGAUCUCUUGGAUCUUUCUUCUUUACUGAUCUGAGGCUGCUUCCUAGCCUAGGGGUCUUGAUUUCAGGCUGUCCAGGUUGCACAGAGAUCCUCCAAAUACUGCUCUUCAUUAGCUUCCUCUUCCCUGUUCCCCCAUCAAAGAGAGGGAACUCCCUCCCAAGCUGACACUACUUUUCAGGAGGAGGCAAAAAAGACUGGUACCUGCAGCACCACUAGACAGAAGAGCCUCAGGCUCUAUUCCCUCCUCCUGUGUAAACUGGUCCUGGGUGACAGCAGGGCUCCCUUGGGACUUGAGCUGGAGUGAUCCUGCUCCACUGGGCUGCAGUCAAGUUCUCUUGAUUCCUCCUUCCUCUUCAUUCUAAUCCUUGACUCUUUCUCUCUCCCCAAUGCCCCCUUACCUUGCUACCACUAGGGCUGACUACCAGCCUGCUCUGGGCUCACUUUGGUUCUGUCUCUUUCUUCUGCACUCAAUCCUCUCUUUCCAUAGCCUUUUCUGCACCCUCUACUCUCUCCUCUAGCUCUUUUUUCCCCUGUUCCCAGGGGUUCCCCAAGUUUGAACCUUUUUGUUUCAGGCCCAGGAUUAUUCCCCCACACACUUCCAACUCUGGGGACUCUCCCACCCUCAGGAAUAUUGCCAGGUUGGACUCCUGCUCAGUGUGCUCCUCCCCAGAGCCAGCAGCAUCCUGUGUUUGGGCUGAAAGCUGCACUGUCUGGCUCUUGGCCUUUUUCACUUCCUUUAUGUUAGCACAGUUGGCCUGUUGCCAACAAGUGUUAUCUAAAGGCUUCCCCCAUUGGGAUUUCCAGACAGUCUAAGGGCUUUAGAAGCAGCAGGGGUUGUACAAGUCUCUUUAAAGAGUCCCCUUAAGCUGCUUUGAACAGCCCAGAUUGGAACAGGGGGAGACAGCUCAUUGCUACAAGUGUAGUAGGUGCAUUCUGCCUGUAGUAAUGGAUAUGUGUGAGAGUAGUUCUCAAAGGCCCUGGGCACUAUGAUGAUAGGAACAUGCUGCAGGGGGUGAUGCUGUCAGGUCUCGAGGAGACAGGGCUGUUCUGAGGCUUUUUGUCACUGUGGCAUUUACUUUGGGCUGAAACAAAUUAACGAAGCGUAUUUGUUCCAUGAAAGAAGUUUGGGAAGGUAAAUGAGAUUUUAGGGCACCUCUGUGUGUGUGUAUGUCUUUUCCUCCCUCCCUUGCUCAUACCCUCUUUCAUACUAAACAGGCAGCAUAAAUCCUUAGACCCUAGCUGGAGCAAGGCUUCUUCCCACCAUUCGGCUGCAGCCUGCCCCCUGCUUCCUCUGCUUGCUGCUUGAGUGAUACUGCUAUUGGGUCCCUGGUUCAGUGACUUAUGCGAAUCUGCUUGCUCUGCUGUGAGACUUAGGACAGAGGGGAGUCAGAAGAGGGAGAGAGCAGGGCAGGGAUUACUCCCUCCUUGCCAGGUCAAAGUGCCUCCUUGUUGCUGCUGUGUUCUGUUGCCAUUGCUGCGGUUUGAUGCACUGAGAGAUUACAGAACAGUGAAAUAAAAGCUGUGUUUUGUGAUGCUGCUAGCGUCUUUCAUAGGCUUGGGCCUACAGGCAACUACCUGUCACCUCCAGCUUCAGGAGACUUGUCUCAAUCUUCAAGGCCACCCUCUGAGUUCUCAGCUGUGUUUGAGGGGAAGAAUUCAACCAGGUUUGGGGCAAAACAGAUUCUAGGCUCUGCUAGUGUGGGCAGCAAACAUCCUGGAGUAGUAAGACCUCAGGUCUUACUCGUUGCCCACAGCUGCAGGUCAGAGAACCAUUCUUCUCCAGUUCACCUUCCUCAGCUGUAACUAUUUGUCUGCAUCAGAUACAGAUAGAAGGGCCUUGGGGUGGCUGAUGUUCCCUUGGGGAAUCACAGUGAUUUUUUUUUUUGCCAUGAUCAUGGGGAUUUUGCACUUUAUAUCAGGACUUGAAAGUAUGUCAGCAAGUAAACAGAGUCCUGGAUGACAUUCUUUCCUGCUGCAAGUCUGCUUUACACCACUAAAGCCAUGUCUCUUAAACUAGCAUGAGGAUGUGACUCCCUUUGUGUAAAUUAGACUUAUACCAUUGAAUUGUCAGCUCUUACCAUUAGACAAUUUCUGAAUCUAUUGGCCAAUUUUGUUUAAGCUCAUCUGCAGGUAAGAAGGCUGAAGUGAAAGAUCAGGACUUUGAUUUUUCCAUACUUUAUCCAUCUGGCUUUUGGGAAAAAAAAAAAAGCAUAAGCUCAAAAUAGUUGUUUUCAUUUUGCUGCCAGCUGGCCAGCUAGUGUGCAUGCAUGGGCCAGGCAGUCAGCACAUAUAAAAGUAUGAAAUAAGUAGGUCUGUUGCCUGGCUUCUGGUUAGAGGACUUGGGAGGAAGCAAAGGUUUAGAGAGAUUGCUUGGUGUUUGGGGAAUAUUGUAAGGAUCCUUGCUAGAAAGGGGAACAGGAUUUAUGAGGGAUCUGAGGUGUAUGGACACGGUACAUAAAAACAGGAAAAACUGCUUUGUUGGUCCUGCUGCUCACAGAGGCAAAUACCAGCUGGGAGUCCUGCUUGCAGAGAUGUUACAGCAAGGGCCUGGGAGCAAUUCCCAAUCAGACAGCUCUCCAGCUGUCCCCCAUCAGGGAGAUGCAAGUUGUUUUUCAUGAGCUACCCUUGUGUUAUGACCCUUUCUGAAGCUGAACAAGCAAGCAGGUAGCCCCAGAGAUGCUCAUGUGCUUAAUUUGUAUAUAAGGAAAGUCCUCAGACUUUCUGACAAGAUUUAACAGCCUCAUACUUCUUUAGAUUUUGCCUUUUUGGAUCCAGUUAUAGUACCUUGUGCAGUCCACCUGGGCUAUUUCCUUAACUCAUGCCACUUGUGCUAUGGAGAAAUAAGCCUGGAUUUUCGUUGUAUUUCUCAGAUGUGUUUGGCUCUUGAGUUCCCUCCAGUGUACUGCUUCUACUAUCCAUGGACUUAUGCAGGGACUGGCUAUUUAACCUGCCUUUGCUUGUCCCCUUUGCCCCACUGUUGCUCAGUUCUGCUCCAGGUUUACCCUAGUGAGCACUGGAGAGCAAUCAGGCAAGGGCGCUGGUGAUCCACCUUGAGAGUCCUUGAGGGGCUUGUGGCAGAGCCAAGGACAACUCAGGUAUCUAGGGCUCUCAUGCCAUAUGCUGGCUCACAGACCCCCUGGAAGAAGCUGUUCUAGUUACAGCACUAUCUCUGCUUGCUGCUAACAGCCUCUGGUUUAUGGGCAGCAGCUGCUUGGCAUUGUCCACUUUCCUGUGGGCACAUGCUCCUGCAGCAUCCUACACUGCUCAACAGCAAAAUUGUUUUCUGCUGGGUGAAAAGGCCUUUGGGUUGACAAAGAGCUGGGGGGUGGGGAGGGCAGUAGGAAGAGAUCCCUGGGCACAGAGUGAGCUGAGCUCUAAUCCUGUUGCAGAUAACAUCAUGUCUGCAGGCUAGGCUUGUGUGUGUUUGGGGGAGCUGGAGGGGCUGAGAUUGUUAGGCAGUAUUUGUUUGUAAAGCCACUUGCUCUGAAGAUAAUGCUUGCACUAACUUCUAUUGAGGGAGCAGUGUGAGUCCCCACAAAGUCCUUUCCCAAAGUGUCUUUGAAGCCAAGAACUCAUUGAAAGGAAGAAAGGCCAAGAGAGGGGAUUAGUUUGUUCAGCAGCUGUGAAUUUCAGUGGGAGGCUGAUGAACUCCAAAGUCUUUGUUGAGAUUUUUUUUGUAAGGAGCCCUGCUGGAGGGAGAGACCCACACGGGGGCCGCGGCCUUAGACAAGAAGGAAUCCGAAGCGGCAGGGAGCUGUAAACGGGCCACAAGGACUUUUCCCAAACACUUUUCGGAAAAGGUGUUGUGAAGAGAUCGGAGGGGGAUUAGCAUGUGAAAUGACACUUUCCAUUGACUCCACAGAGAGGAGGGGAAAAGGGCUGGCUGGCUGAUUUAUUAGCAUUUUGUUCCCUUCUCUAUUCUGCUCCUCCGGCUGCCCCCCUCCCUCUGCUCCCCUCCUCCUCAAGCCCUCUAAAGAGGUUUGGAUUGGAAAAGUGAGCGGGGGGCUGCCUGUUUGUGUGUCAUCUGGGCGAAGGUGACCACCUGGGAAGCUGAAUGUAAAUAUUUCUCCUCUGAGGAAUGCGCCUUCAUUAAACCGAAAUGAAUACAUGGAAGCAUCCAAUCCUGCCACACAAUGGCAGCAGUGCCUUUACCACUAAGGGCUCCUUUUGGCUAGGAGGAGGACCCCUCCGGGGCCUGACCUGCAGCAGAGGUCAGCACAUUUUGCAGCUGCAGUGUCUCCAUUUUGUCCCAGGAAAAAAAAAGUGUGCGGUGGUGAGGCCCCCGCUUGUAAUGCCCCCUGCGUGCCCCUUUGCUCUGGUAGCCACAGAGAGUGGGGCACAUCCGCCCUCCACUGGUAGGCAUCAGCGUGCCAAGAGGGCACAUUCUGAGCUGUGCUAUAGCCUUCGUGGGGCAACUGUGUGGGGCAAUCAUGAAGGCAAGAGGGGAAAGGGGUCACACACCCUGUCACGUACUAGAGAUGGGGAAGAAAUGGGGAGCAACUUCUACAUCAUCUCCUUUUCUUUCUUCUUGAUCUGGCCUUGGAAAGGGGGGCUAAGAGGGCCGAGAAGGGGACAGAAGCUGUCCUCUGUACCUUGUAGCCUGACACCAUCAGAGCCAGUCUCUGCUGGAGUCUUUCCCUGUGGAGUGAGAGGCAGCAGCUCUCUGCUUUUCAGCCUUAGAACAUAUCCCCACUGCAGGAAGAUGGAGGCAGGGCAGGAAGGAGGAUCUGCUGAUAUUGGUGCAAGGGAAACCUAGGACAGGGGGGUCCUUGCACUAAUAAGAACCCUUGAACAAACAACUGGUGGCUUGUGUGUGAAGUGGAAGUGUUUCAGCUUUCCCUGAGGAUGAGCUCAGAUUCUUUCCUGCAAUUUUUGAAGGACCAAAUUAUUGCUUGAUGCGAACAGUCUUGUUCUAACGCAUGUGAAAUGACGCUUCAGUGUCAUUCAACAGUCUUGCAAACCCCAGGUUUUCAGUAGGUCCAAAUUUCUAUCCCCAGCAAAGUAGUCCUGAUAUCAAGAGGAUGUUUGCCAACCAAGAGACCCAUAUGGAUUGAUAUGAUUGAUGAGUGUCUUUGAUUUGUCAUCUCUGAAAUGUGCAAUUGGGGCCCUAUCUGCCCCUCCCAGGUAGCUGCAUUGCAGUUGAAUGCAACCUCAGACAAGUUUAUGGAGGGAGUAGGCCCUUUCCACUCGUGGUAGGGGCAGAGGUGGUGCUAGGUACAGGGAAAUGACUCUUCUGAUGCUUUCUGCCCACCAAAGGUUAAGUGGCUGAGUUUGUCUUCAGAACUGUAACCACAUCUAUCCACGUGCAAUUGGAUGAAAAAAUCCCAACCACUUAGACACACCAGUAUUUUGCAAGCACUUGGCUACUGAUUUAUUGCAUUGGCUAUUGGCUUACAAACGUUGGCUACAUGACAGGUCUAAUAGCCAGUUACUUAGCUCUGCUGGCUUCUCAUCUGUCUAAAACACACAUCAAACAGCAAAGAGACAGUAAGCUCAUAGCUGAGGGGAAAUCACUGUGAUAGGCAGUAAGCUACUCCAGGGCCUGCAGCUGACAGCCUCUUCCCUCCCUACCUCAACUAUGGCAAGGGAACAGAGAUGCAUCAACCAAAUCUUCCUGCUGCUUGCUUAGCCUAUAGAAUAUAUACAAUAAGUGGUAGAGAAAAACUGUUAUGUAUACAUCACAGUAACUGUGCAAUAAAUUAAACUUCAAAGUGCUUCACUUUCCUAUUUACAACACCAUUAAAUAGUAACUGACAUUAUUUUCUCAGGCUAGGAAGAAAUAGUUAGUUAGCUAGCUGACAGGGUAAGAGUGCUUAGCAAGUACACCAGGAGGUGGGGAAUAGGCUCAGCUGUCAGCUCCUCUCUGGGAGAGAUUUGUGAGUGAAGGUUAGGAGAAGUAUGAGGGUAUCUUUAUGGCAUCACUCAAGGGGUUUGGUUGGGGUGCUGUGUGAAAAGACUGGCCAAAUGGGGGGCUCAGAAGAUGCAGAGUAAAUGUGUGAAAGCAAAUGAUAGGAUUCCUCUUUUGGGCAGCUCUUUAAUGGGCAGGUGAAGCAGCAGCUUGAAAUCUUGCUGCUGGAGUCCCUCAAAUGUAAAGAAAGGCACAGGAGAGCUUAGCAAAUCUGUGAAUGGAUGGGAUGUGAAUUUGUGGCCCUCCUGGAGCCUGGCUUGCUGCAGAAAGGAGUUAAGCGCUUUUUGUCUGCCCUCACAGUGUAGGGCCUACUAAAAGGCAGUGACAAUUACUUACUUUAAUGUCCCUCUCCUCAUUUUUUUUGAUACAAAAAAAGGCAUAUAUCAAACAAGCCUUUUCUGUUUUGGGGACUACUGCCCUGAGUAGCCUCAAUCAGGUGGUGUCAUCUGAACUUAGUCAUGCCUUCCUGAGUGUUGAUCUUGCUUGCUUGGGGAAGCAGACAAGCUUGAGAGAAUACAGGCCAAAAUGAUGGGCUGUAUUUUCUGCCAUAAAACCAGAGUCACCAAACAGUGAGUCCAGGUUGAAGGGACCAAAUCUUACUUUGCUUUGUCAACACCUUAUGGUCUUUCCAGAAGUUAUCAGCCACUUCCACUGGUGGAAGAUGCCCUGUGUGGACAUGGCCCUGGGACUCAUGCCAGUAAUUUUCCAUUAUCCAAGCCCUAGUGAGAUGGUGUUGGCUGAAGAGGCCUUGUUUAGAAGUGGGACAAAACUAAGCCAAAAGGAAAUGGUGCUGGGGGCUGCAAGGGAGACAGAAAGGGAAGGGAAAAGGACGGGCAAACAGGACCAUGAAGGAGCAGGGGACAGUUAGAGCUUCUUCUUGAGCUUGCGGCUGGCUCCACCACCCCCACUCCGCUCCCGCUUCUCCUUGCGGACACAGAAGUACUUAGUGACCCUUUUGCGGCACUGCUCACACCGCACGGCGCAGCACCAGUGAAACUUGCAGUUGCAGCUGGACACCAUCUCAGCCCGCCUUUCCUCCACUGCCAGCCCACAGUCCCCACACAAGCGCCGGCAGCUCCGCUUCUCCCACUUGCUGAGAGCCUUGCCUCGCUUCAGGCACUCCCUGCCCUCCGUUCCCAGCAGCCCCAGUGUCUUAUUCUCCAGGCAGUAGUCAGGAGAAUCUUCCAAGUGGACCAGCUCCUUCUUGGAGAUGGAGCUGAAGGUUUCAGCAAUGGCCCCCCGGCUGGCAGCGCUGUUCCCUGCCCCCUGCAGCAAGUCCACCUUCAAGGCCUUGUGGUACCUCUCCUUGAGGUAGGUGCCCACCUCCCGAAACUCAGGCAGCUGCAGCCAGCAGGUCUGGGUGGUGCAGCUCCCAGACACGCCGUGGCAUUUGCAUGUCCGCUUCAUAGUCCCUUUCACGGCCUGCAGGAUGAGGAGAGAAAAGGAUCUUUGGAAGAAGCCCAGAGGACUUGAUGGGGUCAUUUCUAUACUACAACCCGAAGAUAAGUUUGGCUCCAGGCCUGUGGAGGGAUUUCCUAUGGACAACAGCAGUGCCAAGGGACAGUUGUUUUAAAGCUCACAGAUUUGCUUCUCCAAGGUAUGACACUAUGUACAUUAGGAGGGAGAGGGCACCAGACAGGAGUUAACACUGUAAUCAUGGAGAAUUGGCUACAUUAGAACAAACAACAUGGAUCAUGUUUGUACUUUGAAGAUGCCUCCCUUUCUCCUCAGCAAGGUAAUCAUUUCUUCUGAGCACAUGCUUUUAGCCACAGAAAGAAGCACAAUUCUGCAGUGAAUAGCCAGAGCAAAGCUGGUGCCCAGAUGUGGAAGUAGAGAUGGGGCUCACCUUUCUACCAGCCUCGUUGUUAUGCAGGUUCAUAGCAGCUCUGGCAUCUUGUCCAGUCUCCAGAGCAUCCACAAACUGCUUGGAAAUGGCUUCCCCAAAGCCCACGUUAUCGCUGCAGCCUCCCCACAGCCAGCCUUGUCCCCCUAGGGAAAGAGACGAGGUGAGCACUUUCAGGAAAUCCCUCCCUUUCCUGACUUGUGGCUCCAAGGAUGAGAAAGGGUCCUAGAAAUGAUGGAUGGAAUGGGGUUGUGGGAGAAAACCCAGCUUUUGCCUAGUAUACUCCCAGAUCCUCUCUUCUCUGGUUCAUGCCAUUUCUACAAAGAUUUGGACAUGAAGUGGUUCAUGCAGGCAAUGGGAGGGGAUGUCCUGUGUUACUAGCCCAGGGACUUCUGUACUUUCUCUAGAGCAGGAUUCAGAAGCUAUUAAUUACCAUGCAUUAACAGGUUUGUACAGGUGAGGCAGUAGGUCUUUUAUCCCCCUUCCCUCAAAGGCACCCCCUGUGACUUUAACUGGUUCAGUUUGACUUUUAGAGAGAGCAUCUUUCUUGUCCAGCACAGGUUGCCAAUAUGGAUUAGUUAACUGGUUUACACAUCCUGUCAGAGUGGACAGAUUCCCCUUUUCUAGGAAACAAACCAACUCUGGUACAUGUGUACCUAGGAGAUCUUCUUUCUGGUAUACCCAGGAUCCCAGGCUGAUGUUGGGUAUCUCAAAUGGAUCUAUUUUUCUAAUUAUCAUAAAGGGACAAAGGAGUCAGCACAGAACUGAGAAACUCCAUAACAAGAUAUGGAAGUUACUUUUUCUAACUUGAGCUUGAUAAUUUAGCUCAGCUGACAUGAAACAUGGCACAUGGUUUGUUUCUUUUCCUCCUAGAGAAAAGCUGGACUGACAAGCCCAGCUAUGACAACUCUGAGUCAGCACAGCGGCAUUUAGAGCUGAAUCAUACUGUUUUGGACAAACUCGUAUUUUCUGUUGCCUUUCAAGGGUUUAAAUUGACAAUGAAAAUUUUCAUGAAAAAUAUAUGUUUUUUUUGGGAGGGGGGAAAGAGGUGUGGCAUGACUAACUCAGUUUUCCAGAGAAGUUAAAAUUCAGUGAAUCAUUGCCCAAAAGUCCUGCUUUCUUAGAGUUGGGCCAUUCCAGAUAUCAGGUACCUGAGAAGCACUGGUUGUUUUUAAGAUUAUUAGCCAAUAAAACAAAUUACUAAAUA